AAUCAGUACUACUAGUAAUCACCUUGAGUCCUUGACGCCGCGUCUAGGGUUUCUUCGAUCCACUUGACGCCGCGUCGCAGGCACUCCUCGUCUUCCUCGGUCGAAGAAAAGCGGCGGCGGCGGCGGCGGCGGCGGAAGCUGCCGCCUUCCUUCACCCCAAGGCCCAACAGAUCGAGGACGCUGACAUUAUGUUGCAGCUACCUUUCUCCCCCAAAGAGAGUUGGAGUUCACCAGUCAAUUCAGCCAUUGGGCACGUGCGGAAAAUUAGGAGGAGGGCUGGUCAUUUUCUCUCAAGAAGCUCCAAGAAUAAGGCUGCUCACAGUAAGGGGGGACAGACAACCAAGUCAUUGAUCUCAGGCGACUUACAUUCGGGCUCUAUUCAAGAUGUCUGGGCUACUCUCAGCGCUGAAGUUGCAUCAAAAUUGUCUAAAAGCGUUGUUUCUCUGGCUUUGUCUGAUGGAAACAUACCGAUAUAUGCAUGCUCAGGCACAGCUAUCAGUUGCCAGGAGGGGUCUGGUACAAUUUUUCUGACUUCGGCUAGUUUGGUUAGAGCUUUCUAUGAUACUGAAGAAAUUUAUGAUAACUUAAAGAUUGAAGUGCGCCAUGAAGGCAAUGAAGUGUACAAGGGUUAUUUGGCAAAAUAUGAUUUAGACAAGAACUUUGCUGUUGUCUACACCAUGGAGUCUCUUGAUGUUCAUGUUGUACUUUCCGAACAUUUGAAGGAUAGGUAUGCCAAAAAGAAGCUAGUAGCUGUAUCGCGUAACAAGUAUGGCGGAUUAAUUACCAAAAGUGUGAUGGUGGGUAGUCAUCAUAAUUCAAACAGAUCUGAAGUUUGCCAUGACAUUUCGGUGAUGGCUGAGGACUGGGAAGGUGGACCUCUCUUUGACUUUGAUGGGAAAUUUGUUGGCAUGAAUAAGUUUUUGGCUAUGGAUACAACCUUUAUCCUGUCAUGGAUGUCAAUUCUCAUUAUCUUUAAGCAUUAUUUGCCAACCCUGCAAAACAGGAUUCUUAAACGGUUACAAAAUUUGAAAAGAGUCAGGGAUGGAGAGGGACCGGGUGAGCUAUCUGACUGUCAUCCAGAAGCACCAGUUCAUAGAGGUGGUCUCGAUAAGGAACACGUUGAGUAUCUAAACUCCUUGGGUUAUCCCAAGCCACCAGUAAACGUGUUAGAUGAUGGCUUGAUAUUGGCUUAUUCUUUUGAGGAGAAUUUUGGCUUUGUAUAUGGUGAAGUCAUUAAAAAGUUUCCUUGUGACAUACAUCAAAGUGUUGUUGCACUUGCUUCAUUCAAAGGAGAAAGGAGAUUUUUCGCAUGCACGGGUUUUUUUAUAGAAUGGAAGGGAUGUACAAUUAUUCUGACAUCAGCGAGCUUGGUUGCAGAGUCUGGUGACAGAAACAAGAUUGAUGAAAACUUGAGGAUUGAAGUGUUGCUUCCAAACGAACAACGCAGACAAGGAACAUUACAGCAUUAUAGUUUACACUACAAUGUUGCUCUAGUCAGUGUCAACGACAUGGAUUUCCAUGCUCGUCCAGCAAAUAUGAAGCUUGACAAUGAGUGUCCACCUCAAGUAGCAGCUCUAGGGCGUUGCUUCGAAUCAGGCAAAAUAAUGGCUGUAUGUGGGGAUUUGGUUGACUGGACUGGCACACUUGAUUGCAAUUUCCUUAUACGUUCCUCAUGCAAAACUACUAAGGCUGGAAUCGGAGGACCUCUUAUUGGUUUGGAUGGGAAAGUUAUUGGCAUGAACUUUUAUGAUAAAAAAAUAGGAACCCCUUACAUGCCAUGGGAUGUAAUUCUUAAAAUUCUGGCAUGUUUUGAGAAUGAAAGUAGUGCUGCUGAAGUUGGCAAUGGUAGUGAUCCAUCUGAUGCGCCUGGCUGGAAAAUCCCUGGAGAUGGCAGUGUCAAGCUAAACAGGUGGCCUGUGCCCUUGCCAUAUUGGCGUCCUCAUGACGAUGUGGAAGAGCAAGAACCCCCAGAGGGCUGUGAAUACCAGUGCACAUACAGAAAUGGUGAAAGAUGGUGCUACCGGUAGAAUAUGUUCGUUCUACUCCUCUCUCUCUCUCUCUCUCUCUCUCUCUCUAGUAGCCCUGUAAUGUUACUACAUGUCCCUUGCCGUGUUUUGUUUUGGUGUGUAUCGCACUGGGAGUUGAAGAACAUUCAGCUAUGGUGAUGCUGAGAUGUUAAAUACAAUGUUAAGUAAAAGUAGCGUGUCUAUCUUGGAUAUAUCCUAUUUGUUUUUUAAAAAAAUCCCAAAGUAUUUGGCAGGACGGGAAGUGCCAAAGCUUCCAACUUGAAACGUAUUGAAUUUCGCUUUGUGGA